AUGUCCUACCAGCAGAACCAGAAGCAGUGCCAGCCUCCUCCCAAGUGCCCCUCCCCCAAGUGCCCCCCAAAGAGCACAGCACAGGGUCUGCCCACAGCUUCUUCCUGCUGUGCUACAAGCUCUGGGGGCUGCAGUGUCCCCAGCUCUGAGGGAGGCUGCAUCCUGAGCCACCACAGGCGCAGGUCCCACAGGUGCAGGCGCAGGAGCUCCAGUUCCUGUGGCCGUGGCAGUUCCUGUGACCGUGGCAGUUCCUGCGACCGUGGCAGUGGUCAGCAGUCUGGGGGCUCAGGCUGUGGCCACAGCUCUGGGGGCUGCUGCUGA